AUGGGCUUUUCUAAAAAUGAUUUAACACAACACGUGAGGGCACACGAAGUCGACGCUUACAAUCUGGCAUUGAAGACAUUGAGUGAUCUUAAACGCCAGCCGUCGGCACCUGUUGUCAAACUGUCGGUCAAAAAAUACAUAAAGCGCUGCCAAUGGCCCGGAUGUCAGUAUAUGGGACGCAAUCUGAGUAAUCAUAAACGGGUUCACAACAAAGUGAGGCCACACGCGUGCGAUUGGCCACAAUGUGGUCAACGGUUUAACACUAAAAGUGGGCUCAAAAUCCACACAAAUAGACACAACAAUAUUAAGCCAUUUGCGUGUGAUUUACCCGAUUGUGGCCAACGGUUUGUCACUAAAUCCAAACUCAAUGUUCACACUAAUAGGCACAACAACGUCCGGCCAUUCGGCUGUGAUUGGCCCGAAUGUGGCAAACGGUUUACCACUAAAGCUCUGCUUAGAUAUCACGUGAAUAUUCACAAUAACGUGAAGCCAUACGCGUGUGAUUGGCCCGCGUGUGAGUACAGAACCGCGUCUCGUCCUAAUGUUUGGGUACAUACACUACAGGCUCACAAAAUGUCUGGACACAAAUGGGUCGACAACGGGACGAUACAAUACCCGUGCGAUUGGCCUGAAUGUGGUAAACAGUUUAGUCAUAAGCAAACACUCCGGUAUCACAUGAAUGUCCACAAAAAUGUUAAGCCCUAUGCAUGCGAUUGGCCUGAAUGUGAGUACAGGUCAGGCAAUCCGAAUAGUCUUACUAUCCAUAAGUAUGUGCACACCGGCGGCGGCGCCCAUAAAAAUAAGAAACUGUUCGCGUGUUUAUGGCCUGAAUGUGGUAAACAGUUUGCCUCCAAACCGACGCUCACUGACCACAUGAAUGUCCACAACAACGUCAAGCCGUAUGCCUGCGAUUGGCCUGAAUGUGGGUUUAGGACACACUAUGCGCCUAAUAUUCGGCUCCAUAAAAGACAUGUCCACAAAAUAUAA